ACUGUUCAAAGAAGUAAUUGUAAAACCGGAUCUUCUUGUGGAAGAGACCUGACAGAAAUACAGCGAUGACUCAAAAAUAAAGCACAACAGCGUGAGGUCACGUGAGCAGUCCGUCCCACCCUGUAAACUGAACUGAAAAUGGCGGGGAUAAGGCAGAGUGUGGCGUUAACCGUAGACCAAGAGGAUGACUUAAAAAGUCAAUUUCAGUCUAUUGAUGCUGAUGGCAGUGGAUAUAUUAGCCUGGAUGAGCUACAGUUUGCCCUGGAGACCGUUGGCUUCAAAUUGCCAGGCCAUGAAAUUCGUGAACUGAGGGAUAAAUAUGACCGGGAAAACAAAGAUGGCAAAUUGGAUUAUAACGAAUUUAAAAAGUUGUGUGCUGACCUGACUGAGUACAGAGAUCUGGGACGCAAGUUUAAGAAGUUGGUAACCAAGAGAUCAGGCUUAGAGACACAUGGUGGUAUGACAGAAGCAUCCAGUGAAGGAACAACACACUCUGUCCGGAUUGAAGAACAGAUAGCUUUCUCUAACUGGAUUAACAGGGGUUUGACCAGUGAUAAGGAAUGUGCUAAGUACCUGCCUCUUCAAGAAGAUGGCAAAGAUCUCUACGAGAAAUGUAAAGAUGGGAUACUGUUGUGUAAAAUGAUCAAUCUUUCUGUGCCUGACACCAUUGAUGAACGGGCUAUCAACAAGGAGAACCUGAACGUCUACAAGAGACAUGAAAACUUGAUGCUGGCUCUCAACUCAGCUUCUUCCAUUGGCUGUAACAUUGUAAACAUUGGAGCUGAAGAUAUUGACAAAGGAAAACCACACUUGUUGCUGGGGUUGCUGUGGCAAGUUAUUAGAAUUGGUCUCCUGAGUGACAUCAAUCUGCAGAACUUCCCUGGACUGGUUCUUCUGUUGGAAGAAGAUGAAACCAUAGAAGAUUUGAUGAAGUUAUCACCAGAGGCCAUCCUGAUACGCUGGGUCAACUAUCAUCUGCGCAAUGCAAAUUGUGGACGUCAAAUUUCCAACUUCACUUCAGACAUCAAGGACUCUGUGGCUUACAUUCAUUUGCUGGGCCAAAUUGCACCCCCUGAAAAAGGAGUCCACACAAAUGCAUUACAAGAGCCUGAUGACACACAGCGUGCAGAGCUGAUGUUGGAUGAAGCUGACAAGAUCAACUGUAAGUCAUUUGUGUCAGCCAAAGAUGUGGUCAGUGGCAAUUACAAACUUAACCUGGCUUUUGUUGCCAAUCUGUUCAAUACCUACCCUGCCCUGGAACCUCCCACGGAUAAGGAGUUUGAAGUAAUAGAGGAAACUAGAGAAGAAAAAACCUACCGCAAUUGGAUGAACAGUAUGGGUGUGAAUCCUUUUGUAAACCACCUGUACAGUGACCUGAGGGAUGCCCUUGUGUUGUUCCAGCUGUAUGACAAGAUCAAACCUGGUAUUGUGGAUUGGAACAAGGUGACAAAAGUCUUCAAGAAGCUUAGAAUGAACUUUCAGAAAAUAGAGAACUGCAACUAUGCAGUGGACCUUGGCAAGCAGAUGAAAUUUUCCUUGGUUGGCAUUGGGGGUACUAACAUCCACGAAGGCAAUGAGACCCUCACCCUGGCGCUGGUUUGGCAACUGAUGAGAGCUUACACCCUCAGUAUUCUAGCUCAGCUCAGUGAAAAAUCUGAUGGGAAAGAGGGGAAAGCUGUUGCUGAGACAGAGAUAGUACAAUGGGCCAAUGAAAAGCUGUCAGCAGCAAAAAAACCAACCCAGAUUGCUAGUUUUCAAGAUCCAACCAUAGCUGAUGCGAAGGUCGUUAUUGAUCUGGUGGAUGCCAUCAAGCCAGGCUCUAUCAAGUAUAACUUGGUUAAAGAUGGAGCAUCAGAUGAAGAGAAGCUUGCAAAUGCUAAAUAUGCCGUCUCAAUGGCACGUAAGAUUGGAGCCAAAGUUUAUGCCUUACCAGAAGACAUCAUGGAAGUCAAGCCAAAGAUGGUAAUGACCGUAUUUGCAUGUCUCAUGAUCCGAGACAUGCAGAGCAAGCAAGUGUCCUUAGAAGACUGAAAUAUCAUCACACUACUUCCAGGCGUUAAUAUGGAAGACAGGACUUUGUUUAAUGUCAAUUGACCUUUGCCUAUAUUGCAACAAACAAGUUGACAUUUUUUGCCUAAAAUGAAGAACUUUAUUUCCUUAAAACAGGGUUUUUGACAUGUUUUUGAAUUGUUUUAUCAUAUGUUUAAAAUUUCAAAUUGCCAGUAAUUUAACUGUUGAAUUCCAUUUUACACUUUUGAUAAUAACUAAAAAAAAAUUGCUGUUUCUGUGAAAUUUGGGUGUUAGUAUUUUUUAAAAAUUUACAACUAAUUGCCAUUCUGUUGGAUUGAAUAGUUUUCUCACCUGUUGCCCAAACAGAAUUAUUGUGAUAUAUCAUCAUUUAUAGAUAAAAGUAUAAUUGCAUUAUUGGUUUUAUAGAUUUAUAUACAGAGGAAUGAUAUUGAUAUCCUGACUGUUCUUUAUAUUUGAUCAUUUUCCUAUAAUUAAACCUGUACAUGUAGAAUGUUUUGUUUAUUGUGAUAUUUUUUAUGCUCUAGUGUCAUGCUAAAUCCACCAAAUUAUUAUUUAACACUGAAAAACAAUAAUAUGGAAAGAGAACUGGACAAGAAAAGUAUGCAGCAUUAAAUGAUUAUUGUUUGGCCAUAUUCCCAUAUAUAAAACUGCUUCCAAGUAUAUUCAUGUAAGUCAUAUCAAGAUAAAUGAAAUACUUUUUCAUUCCAAUCAUCCAGUAAAAACUCCUAUGUACAUUCCAGUGACUAACACGUUUCACAUUUUUCCCCAAGAUUUAGUAUGUAUAAUAUAUAUAGAUAUAUAUUUAGUUAUAUUAAUAUUGUAGUUUUCACCAUUUAAAUAGGUUUUUGUCUGAUAUGUUCCCCAAGGUUCAAAGAUCAUUGGAAAAAUACACCUGUAGAAUGUUGCAGUUUUUUUUUUUUUUUUUGCUUUACUUUUGAGUUUUUCAUUAAUGUUCCAGCUAUUUAAGGGACUUGUCUUCCAUCAUCUGUAUGUGACAUCUGCUUGAUCAACAUCUUAACAAUAAAUCUUACAAUACAAGUUCC